GAUUAUAUAUUGUCCGUUACUAAAUAAAGCAGAAUUAGUUUGAUAGAUUAAACGAAGAAACUAUGAUCAUGAGAUCUUUAUAUUAUAAAAUUGUUUUUAAUUUGUUGUUAAUUCUAAAAACCAUCAAUGGAACGCCUGAUGGAAUGGUGGCUUGCGCGUGGGGAUCUCACGAAAAUAAUUAUAUCAUUUCUGAAAACGAUGGCGCAUUGGAUAGAAAUGUAACAUAUGCAGUGAAGGAGGAUGACGUUAAGUUUUUAUUAUAUAAACUCGAGUAUCCAUACCCAUAUAAAAUAUUUAUUAACGAAGAAAGCAGAUUAAUUUCUGGAAAUUUUGAUGUUACAAAACCAACAAAAUUCAUAAUACAUGGAUUUGGAAGUAGUGAUAAGUCGAAUUCAUGCGUUAUUCCAAGAGAUGCUUUUUUGAAAAGUGGUGAUUUCAAUAUCAUUGUUGUUGACUGGAAUAGAGCACAACACUGGGGAGUAAACCAUAUUAUUCCAGAAACUUAUCCAGCAGUUGUAAAAAAACUAAAAGAUGUAGCAAGAUACAUCACACAAAUGAUUCAAUUUCUCGAAAAUUAUGGAAUGGAUUUGAGCACUACUACAAUAAUUGGUCAUUCACUAGGUGCUCACUUAGCUGGCAUAGCCAGUUACAACCUAAAAAAUAAAGUGGAUCGCAUUGUAGGUUUAGACCCUGCAGGACCGUACUUUGAAAACAAAAGUCCAGGAGAAAGGCUGUCAAAGGAACACGCAAAGCAGGUUGAAGUUAUACAUACGGAUACCCAAGAGUGUGGAUUAAAAGAUCAAAUAGGCCACUAUGACUUUUAUCCUAAUCGCGGUACAGUGCAACCUGGAUGUGACAAACACAAAUGCUCUCAUUCACGAUCUUACCGUUUCUUCGCCGAAUCAAUCAUCUCCCCAGAUGCAUUUUAUGCUAGAAGAUGUUCUGAUUGGAAAUCUUUAAUGGAUGCAAAUUGUGAUGGAGACUUAGUAACUAUGGGAGGUUUAGAGCGAACUCCAAUAAAAGAAGGAAUUUACUAUCUCCAAACAAACAGCGAUUCUCCUUAUGGAAUGGGGCGCCCAUCGUUUAAUUGAUCAGACAUAUGUUUUGCAACUGCGUUGUUCCACAAUAUAACUUAAGACAAUGCCCAUAAUGUGCUUUACUAUCUUAUCAAUAAACUGAUAAACUGUAUUAUAAAGAGUACUUGAAAUAGUUUCAAUUAGAAUGUUCAUAGUAAGAUCAGUAUCAUUUGCAAUUGAUACGUUAUAUAUCAUACAUUAGGCUUCGAUGAAUGCGUCUACAUUAAAUUAUGAUACCGCUUUAUAAGCUCAAAAUAUACUAAAAAUAUAUAUGUUCUUCUUUGAAAACCAUUAUUUUAAAAUAUAAUUACUUAUUCAAUUAAAAA